GCAUCAUCCUCAUCAGACAAUGUCGCGAGCCAAUUGCCCCGCAGCCGCAGGCAUAUAAACAAGGACCAGUCCGUUUCACGAGCUUAUUCACUCAUUCACAUCACUCGGAAUCAUUUUCAUGUUCUUUAUUGCACUGUAUCAUCGUCUUCAACAUCUCCAGCCCCAGCUCAGAGUCUCAACCAACGCACUCAUUCAUGGCAUCUUCCUCACCCACCGCAAUCUCACAUCUUUUCACACCCAAAACGAUCCUUACCCAAACCCCACUUCUCCUUCCUCUCCCUCCGAGUGCACCUCCAUCGUCCAAAGAGUCUGCUCUCUGGUUUGCGAAUCUUAUAGCAAUCGAGAAAACACCCACUCUCCCAAAUUGAGACUGCCCGUCGAUAUCGAGAAAUUGACUCCAGAACAGUGCAUCACCGUCGUGGCUUCUCUGGCCGAUGAGGCGGGCUCAAUGGCCGCUUUGGGUUUCUUUCAUCGCGCAAUCGAAUGCCCGAAAUUUAGGAACUUUAUGCGGCUUUACAUAGUUUCAUCAAUGUGCUUGAUGAGGAAUGAGAAUUUUGAGAGGGCCCACGAAGUCCUACACUGCAUGGUCAAGAAUUUUGGCGAGAUUGGGAUGUUGAAGGAGGCUGUAGAUAUGGUUUUUGAGAUGUGUAACCAAGGAUUGGUUUUUACUCCGAGGACUUUGAACUGCAUUGUUAUUGUUGCCGGGAGAGGGGGGCGUAUAGAGAUCGCUGAGAAGGUGUUUGAGGAAAUGUGCGAAAGAGGUCUUUGUCCAGAUGCUUUGUGUUUUAAGUCGAUGGUUGUUGCUUACUGUAGGUUAGGGAGAGCUGUGGAUGCGGAUAGAUGGAUGAGCGCAAUGCUGGAAAAGGGUUUUAUCGUGGACAAUGCGACCUGUACAUUAAUUAUGGUCUCAUUGAUCCAUGGUCUCUGUACCAAGGGGUGGACUGAAAAGGCAUUCAGGCUUUUCUUGAAACUUGUGAGGAGUGACACCUACAAGCCAAACGUGCAUACGUAUACAGUUAUGAUCACGGGAUACUGCAAAGAGGAAAAACUGAGUCGCGCCGAGAUGCUUCUGAAUAGGAUGCAGGAACAAGGAUUGGCCCCGAAUGCUCAAACUUAUACUUCUCUCAUUGAUGGGUAUUGCAAAGCAGGCAAUUUCACACGUGCUUAUGAGUUGAUGGGAGUCAUCAAGAACAACGGACUCUCACUUGGCAUGGCUACAUACAAUUCAGUCAUUGAUGGACUCUUUAAAAAGGGAGAGGUUCGAGAAGCAUAUAAAUUGCUGGAUGAAGGAGUGAGAGCUGGACUCUCUGCAGAUUUGGUGACCUAUACUAUUCUCAUAUCAGACUGUUGCAGGCGCAAUGACACCCAAUGCAAGCAAAAGAGGAUGAAAGAAAGCGAAAAGCUUUUUGACGAUGCGAUUAGAUUAGAUUUGGUUCCUACCAAGGAAACUCUCACAUCAAUGAUAUCUGGAUACUGCAGAGAUAAAAAUAUCACUUCGGCUAUGAAGUUCUUCCAUAGGAUGGGAGAAUAUGGUUGCGCACCUGACAGUCUUGCUUAUGGUGCUCUGAUUAGUGGUCUAUGCAAGGAGUCAAUGCUAGAUGAGGCCAGAAACCAGUAUCAUUCAAUGAUGGAUAAAGGAAUCACUCCAUGUGAAGUCACACGGUUAACAAUAGCGUAUGAGUUUUGCAAGAAGGAUGACCCUUCCACUGCAAUGGUCCUCUUAGAUGGACUAGACAAGAAAUUAUGGACUCAUGAAGGCCGGGCAGAAAAGCUGGAGGUGGAGAAUGCCCAGCUAAAGGCUGAGCUGGAGAGGGAGCGCUCCGACCAGGCUGUUCACGCCACUACUUGGGCUGCGCAGAAACCGAAGAAGUUUGCGAAAACCGAAGAAGUUUGCUGCCAGGAGGUCGGCAUCCGGUUCUUCCAAGUGUCUCAGCAACUGAUUGAUGACAUUGGGAUCUUUGGGUUUGGGACCAGUCAGUACCAAAAGCACCGUGGGUUGUAUGGGAUCUUAAGCAACCGGCUGCAGGAUUUUGACCCGGUCGUUCGAACUCACAAUCUCUUUGGUCACGAUCGAGCUGUAUCUACCCGGUCUAACACAUCUCACCAUUUUUUCUACCCGAGUAGGAAAUAAGCCACCCUGGUGGGUUUUGACAGAGCAUGCCCGGGCUAUGCUUCAAAGUUGAUCAUGUGAGUCAUUUCUUCCUUCACCCGGGUGAAUAAGAGCUCUAGUCCUCC